AUGCAGCAGGGCCGGGAGGAGGAGGAGCUGGAGGAGGAAGAGGAGGAUGAGGGGGAUGGCGGCCCGGAGAGGGCUCUGGAGAAGAGCCCCUUCCAGCUGACGGCCGGGGAUGUCUACGACAUCUCCUCCCUGGUGGGCCGGGACCUGCUGCAGCUCGGCGCCGGCCCGCGGGUGCCGGCCGCGCUGGCCCGGCUGCAGUUCCGCAUCGUGAGGGUGCUGGAGAUGCUGGAGGCGCUGGUGAGCGAGAGCAGCCUGGCCGAGGAGCAGCUGCGGGCGGAGCGGGACAGCCUACGGCGGGAGCUGGAGGCGCUGCGGGCGGCGGGGGGCCCGGGCGGCGCCCAGCAGCUCAGCCUUGGACCAGAUAAGAUGGUAAUAGACCUCACAGAUCCAAAUCGCCCCCGGUUCACAUUACAGGAGCUGCGAGAUGUAUUGCAAGAGCGUAACCAGCUGAAAGCUCAACUUCUUGUGGUGCAAGAGGAGCUACAGUGCUAUAAGAGUGGGAUCAUCUCACAGAAAAGGGACCAAACUGAAGAACUGGAAAAAGAGGCCAGUGGCAGCAGCCCCGGCACUAGCAAGGACAGCGAAGAGAAGACAAUCAUCAAACGGCUAUUCUCUUUUAAACACGGAAAAGGAGCAUCCUCGAGAACUUAACCACUGCUGUUCAGAAAUGGCACUGAUGAGCCUCCAAGGUGUUAGAGGAGUCAAUGAUGGGAAGAAAAAGCAUCACUCCUACUGUAGAGAAUACGCAAUCUCAUAAAAAUGUGUUGUAUCAUAUUCUUUCAGAGUAGAUUUUAGUUUGCUUUUUUAGAAACUGUUUAAGACAGACACUUUUUGUAUUUCUUAGAUUCCAGCCAGACAUUACCAACGUGUAGAGAAUAAGUGUUUAUACAAAGGUGAUUUUUAUUCUUAUUAAAAGAGCUUGUGAUGAUCUGUA